AUGUCGACGGACAAAUACGAACUAUUGAAAAUUAAAUUUAAUUACGAUUGGCACUGUUAUCUUCGUUCAAUUGGUGAUAAUAUUAACAUUAAUAUUAUGACGAAUACAAGUAGUAACGAUAAUUACUGUUGGACUCCUAUACAAUUACCACAUAUUACUAAUAACAAUCAACAAAAUUGUAUCAGUGAAAAUGUAAAUAAUUAUUCAUCAACAAAUACUCUUACAGUGUGGUUAAAUGCAAGACAAAUCUUUUCAGACUCGUUUCAAUCACCAAAAAUAUCGAUUGAUUUGACUGAACAUCUUGUAUAUAAAGAUGAUUUAGAAAAUGAUAACUGCAAAAAUAUGUUAGUAGUGCAUUGUACAAAUACUUCUUUAUGUCUAAAUGUUUAUCUACUCUUAUCAUAUGAAAUCGUUUAUGCAAUCGAACAAGAAAAUAUUGAUGUUGAUACGGAAAAAAGCUUUAAGACGUUAUUCUUGAGAAAAAAUCGUGUUCUUGAUUAUUUGGUUCGUUUUAAUGAUGCUGAUGGUCGAUUUGAUAUUAGUUUUAAUCCAACAUUAAAAUCUCCGAGCAAAUCAACACAACAGGUUCCACCUAAUUUGGGUAUGAAUGAAGAUCACGACGAAAUAAUCAAACAAAUAAUUUACAGUAAAACUAAUACCGAAGAUUUCCAUGUGACUCAUCUAACUAUUGUUAUGCUUAUUGUUGGUUUAAGAGGCGAUGUACAACCAUUUAUUGCUUUUAGUCAAGCACUUCAUGCAGCUGGUCAUCAUGUUCGUUUAGCUACACAUGAGAAAUUUCGAAAAUAUGUUCGUGAACAUGACUUAGAAUUUUUUCCAUUGGCUGCUAAUCCAGAUGAUUUAAUGUCAUUUAUGGUUAAAAAUGGUGAUGUUGUUCCAUCAAUGAGUAGUAUUAUAGAAGGUGACCUGAGAAAACACCGUCGUAAUAUUUCCAAUAUUCUUGUAUCUACAUGGCAUGCAUGUACAGAAAAUGAUGAUGAAACAUCAGCUCCAUUUACAGCAGAAGUUAUUAUUGCUAAUCCACCAUCAUUUGGUCAUGUACAUUGUACACAAAAAUUACAAAUUCCGUUACAUAUAAUGUUUACAAUGCCUUGGUCAACUACAACUGUCUUUCCACAUCCAUUUUGUAGAAUCGACUAUUCAAAAUUACCAAAAGAAAAAUUUAAUCUUCUUUCAUACAGUGCUAUGGAUAUUCUUACAUGGUAUGGUAUGCGUGAUCUUGUAAAUGAUUUUCGUCGAAAAACCUUGGGUCUUCCAUCAAUACAUACACGUCAGGCUUUUCCUAGACCGUAUGACUGGCCACCGUAUAUUGAUGUUUCAGGUUAUUUUUUUCUUAAUACUGAUAAUGAAGAUUACAAGCCAUCAGAUGACUUAUUUGCUUUUAUUGGUCUUAACAGUGAUAAUCAAGAUAAAGAAAAAUUAUUACUACCAAUAUAUAUAGGUUUUGGUUCUAUAACAGGAAAUGAUUCAGAUCGUCUUGUUCAAGUUAUAUUGGAUGCUUUAGCAACGACAGGCCAUCGUGCUUUACUUUCUGGUUUUGAUCAAUAUAAUGAUGAACUACCUGAUAAUAUUUUUAAAAUUGUAUCGGCUGUAUGUCAUCAUGGUGGAGCAGGUACCACUGCAACAGGUCUUCGUGCUGGUAAACCGUCUAUCAUUUUACCUUUUUUUGGUGAUCAAUUUUUUUGGGGCGAUAUUGUUGAAAAGAAUGGUGUUGGUCCUUCACCAAUACCCGGAAAAAGUGUAACAGUCGAUGAAUUAGUUGAAGCGUUUAAGAUAGUUCAUCAACUAGCAAUGCAAAAUACAGCUAAACGUAUCCGUGAAAUUUUAUCUCAUGAAGAUGGAUGUGCAACAGCAUUACGCAUGUUUCAUGCUCAUUUACCUCUUUCACGUAUGCGUAGCGAUCUCGAAUCAACAUUUACUGCAUGUUAUCGUGUUGAUGAACUUGAUUUACAAGUGUCACGGCCAGUAGCUCAAGUACUUGUCGCAGUAGGUGCUUUAGAUGAAUCACAAUUUCGUCUUCAUCCUACUCAACGAUGA